GCCAUCUGUUGCAAAACCCUCAAAACUAAAUCACACUCCUAAUAUUAUAAAUAAUAAGAUUCAAAUGAUCGCGUCGUCCUGUAAAAGUGAACCGAUUCUCUCGAACCUUUUACAUCUCGUUACUCGUGGCGGAUUCGCAUACAUUAUGUAAAUUUUCUUUUGAUAAUCUUCACGAUGAUGAUCGACUGUUCAUCGCCAUGAUGAUCAUCAUGAAAUUUAUGAUUUGUUAGCGCUGUAAAUGUAACUUAUUUGUGCACGAUUUGGUCUAGCAUUCAACGCGGUCAGUACCUUCAACCGUUUUGUCCUCCCUCGGACUGUCCCGCACAUAUUGUAUUAGCUAGGGCUGGGGAAGGAUUCCUUGGUGGGGAAGAGGUUCGCACGAGUGGUAGGAAACUUCACGUGUCUACACCGGGAUUGAUAUUGAUUGCGAACAAGCGGGGCCGGUCACCGGGUAGUCAGAAGUCAGGCGUAUAUCGGACAAGGCAGCCGGACGGUGAAAGAAAAGAGAAAUGCCUCCUGAGUGCGAGGAGUUGGACAUACUGGACAAAAACGAGCGCGUUGACCACGCCGUUGUAGUGAGCAAAUCGCCGAAGUUACCUUCGCUACACGGUCGCCGAGCAAUGGUGAGCAAAUUCUGGUGUCAGGAGAUCGGGCGCAGGUGGCGUCAGGCAGGUAGGCAGGAGCUGCCGCAGGCACGGUUAUUAACAGAACCAAGGUGUCAGCCCUACGUGGGCACCUGGUACCUACUCUACCGCUGGAUGAUCUUCCUCCUGUGGGCCAGCUUCGUCAUCUGCUCGGUGUUCGAGUUCGGCAGCUACAAGCCGCUGCAGCAGUACGAGAAGUGGCUGAUCUACCUGACCAACUGGGACCUGCUGCUAGGCUUCUCGCAAGCGUUGAUCGCCGGCAUACUCGUAUCACGGCGAUGGCAACUGCAGAAGGCAGCGGGUUUCGACUCCUGCGGCAUCAGAUUCGAAUUCACCGAGCGGCUGUACUGGUUCUUGUACGUCGUCACGACUAACAUGGCGAUCGGCGUAACGGUGGUGUACUGGUUCGCCGUGUACAAUCCGGAGAUCCACCAGCUGGAUCCGCUGAAUUUCAUGAUGCACGUGUGCAACAGUGUGCUGAUGCUGGUUGACCUGUUCGUGACCAGCGUACCGUUUCGCCUGCGGAGCUUCUGGUGGUGCCUGUCGGUCGUCAUGUUCUACUUGAUCUUCUCGGUAAUCUACUACUUCGCCGGUGGCGUCGACAAGUACGGUUACCAUUACAUCUACACGGUCCUCGACUGGACGCGGCCGGCGCGAACGCUGCUCGUCUGUGCCGGCGGCCUGACCUUCGUCACGCUGCUCCACUGCGUCACCUGCAUGCUGGCGGAAAUCAGAAAUCGGAUUUAUCGCCGGAUCACCGAGAAGCGCAGUAAACCGUCCGCGCAAAUCACCACGAAUGACCAGUCGCAACCGGAAAGACGAACGGAAAUGGUUUAAUCGCGAUUAGAUUGUUAGUUGGUAGACAUUUACAUAGAAUAGACACAAUUGUCUUCGCCCGUUGACUUGAGCACGUCAAAUUCGAGACAUUGGGGCAGCUUAAUAUUUUAGCGAACAGAGGUGAAACGUGCCUUGACGUAGCUGCGCCUCCAAGUAGUCUUCAUGAGUGACCCUUGUGCUCAUCCAGCAUGUAGCUUAUUCGUAGAAAUGAACAAUGAAGUAUUGAUCAACGUGCAGCUAAUAUCGCCAUUUAAGCAGCAUCAAAACUGUGUAAACUAGGAAGAACUACUCUUUUUUUCCAGGCGACUAUAAUCUCGUCAUGGAAAGCAGAAACAUUAAUUGCGCAAGCAUUUUCUAAGAUCAAAUUAUAAUAAAUAAGUAUACUUACUUUUCAUAUUUAGCAUUAAACGCGAUAUAAUGUUACUCAUCUUACAUUUUUAUGAUACGAAAAAUAUUCAAAUCCGUUCUUUAUGCAUUUCAUUAUUUUAUCGAAAUAUGCAUUUUAUUAGAAUAAAAAUGCAUCUUUGGAUUUAAAAAAAAAUUCACAUCGUAUUCAAUGUUAAAAUGAAUGGAUUGUCACUUUGAUCGUGCGUUAUUGCGUGUAUUAUAAAUAUAUGCGAGUGUUCUUCGGUAUAUUUGCUUGCAUCGACUAGAGAAAACCGAGAUCUGUUUUGAAAUAAUUCAAAAGUUACUGUGAAUUACUUGCACCUAACACGCUUAAGUUUGAUUUUAAUAAUCUUAUCGCGGAUUCAGUAGAAAUUCUAGUGAAAUCAUUAUAAGAUAAUUGUAAGCGAAAGGUUUAUAAAAUCUGGAUGCACGUGUAUGCCGGAGUAUCGUUAUAUCAAUAAUUUUUUCAUUUAAGAACGAAGAGAAGUACAUCGCGGGCGUAACAUUUGUUCAUAUAUUUUGUCACGUGAGAGUUCCUACCUAGAUAAUUUCUUAGUUUAUAAACAGUCUGUCAUAUUGAAUGUAAUAGAAUAUCAGAGCCAAUUGAUCACAGCCAGUAUUACACUCCCAGUGAUAACCGGUAAAAAAA